AUGGACGACGACGGGCGCUACAGAGACGGGCGCUCAGACUUUGUCCGCGGCGCCAAAGACAUUGCCAAAGUGGCCAAGAAACAGGUCGGCAAGAAAAUGGGGCGUGGCGUGGACAAAAUGGCCGACGAGUACACCAAGCGCUCCUAUAAACGCUUUGAGGAGGAAGAUGAUGAUGAAGACUACGGCGGCGUGCCAAGCAGCAACGACGGCGGAUAUUACCGCAAUGAUAGCCGGGCCAAUGACGAUGAAGGCCACAGCGACUCCACUGAAGGACAUGACGAGGAUGAUGAGAUCUACGAAGGGGAGUACCAGGGCAUCCCCAGGGCUGACUCGGGCAAGGCUGGCAGCAUAGAUGGGGUGACAGCGGCCCAGGGGCAGCAGUUCAGGGAUCUGUCAGCCUACGAGAGCGAGAGGAGGAAAGAUCAGGAAGAGCUGGCCGAGCAGUACGAGACCAUCCUGCAGGAGUGUGGCCACGGGAAGUUCCAGUGGACGCUCUACUUUGUCCUGGGGCUGGCGUUGAUGGCGGAUGGCGUGGAGAUCUUUGUGGUCGGCUUCGUGCUGCCCAGCGCAGAGAAGGACAUGUGUCUAUCUGAGCCCAACAAGGGCAUGCUGGGUCUGAUCGUGUACCUGGGGAUGAUGGUCGGGGCCUUCGUGUGGGGCGGCCUGGCUGAUCGGAUUGGCCGACGGCAGACCCUCCUCAUCUCCCUUUCCAUCAACAGCGUGUUUGCCUUCUUCUCAUCCUUCGUCCAGGGAUACGUCUCCUUCCUCUUCUGCCGCCUGGCCUCUGGUGUGGGUAUUGGCGGCUCCAUCCCCAUCGUGUUUUCCUAUUACUCUGAGUUCCUGGCUCGGGAGAAGCGAGGAGAGCAUCUGAGCUGGCUCUGCAUGUUCUGGAUGAUCGGUGGUAUCUACGCCUCUGCCAUGGCCUGGGCCAUCAUCCCACACUACGGAUGGAGUUUCCAAAUGGGCUCGGCCUACCAAUUCCACAGCUGGCGUGUCUUUGUGUUGGUGUGUGCCUUACCCUCUGUGGCGGCCAUCUCUGCCCUCACCACCAUGCCCGAGAGCCCCCGCUUCUACCUGGAGAAUGGGAAACAUGAUGAGGCGUGGAUGAUUCUGAAGCAGGUCCAUGACACCAACAUGAGGGCCAAGGGUUACCCAGAGAGGGUCUUCUCUGUGACCACCAUCAAAACAGUGAAGCAGAUGGAUGACCUGGUGAACUUGGGCGACAGUGCCGCCUGGCAUCAGAAAUGGAAGAUAAAGCUCUCAACACUUUUCCAUCAGGUGUGGAGUAAUUUCCUGACCAUUUUCUCCCCUGAGUACCGCCGCACCACCUACAUGAUGAUGGCUGUGUGGUUCUCUAUGUCCUUCAGCUACUACGGUCUAACAGUGUGGUUCCCCGACAUGAUCAAGUACCUGCAGAAGCAAGAGUACCACUCACGCACCAAGUUUUUCGCCAAGGAGAAAGUCGAACAUGUCACCUUUAACUUCACCCUGGAAAACCAGGUCCAUCGCCAGGGAGAGUACUUCAAUGACAAGUUUAUGAACCUGAAAAUGAGAUCUAUGGUGUUUGAGAACUCGCUGUUUGAGGAGUGUUACUUUGAGGACAUCACCUCCAGCAACACCUUCUUCAAAAACUGCACCUUUAUCGCAACCCUCUUCUACAACACAGAUCUCUUCAAGUAUAGGUUGGUCAACUGCAAGCUCAUCAACAGCACUUUCCUGCACAACAAAGAAGGCUGCCUGCUCAGUGACGUCAGUGAUGAGAACAAUGCAUACAUGGUCUACUUCGUCAGUUUCCUGGGCACCUUGGCUGUGUUGCCGGGCAACAUUGUCUCCGCGCUGCUCAUGGACAAGAUCGGACGGCUGAGGAUGCUAGCUGGCUCCAGUGUGAUCUCUUGCGUCAGUUGUUUCUUCCUGUCCUUUGGCAACAGCGAGUCAGCCAUGAUUGCUCUGCUCUGCCUGUUCGGGGGAAUCAGCAUCGCUUCCUGGAACGCUCUGGAUGUGCUGACUGUCGAGCUCUACCCCUCUGACAAGAGAACCACAGCAUUUGGCUUCCUCAACGCCCUCUGUAAAUUAGCGGCUGUUUUAGGCAUAAGCAUCUUUACCUCGUUUGUUGGUAUCACCAAGGCUGUGCCCAUCCUCUUUGCCUCGGGGGCGCUGGCGGUGGGCAGUUUUCUGGCCCUCAAACUACCAGAGACGCGAGGUCAGGUGCUGCAAUAGUGUGGCGCCAACAACUCUCUGGGGGUGGGCAGAAGAGUUUUUCACCACACUGUGAAAGAACAUCUCAAGAGCCCUCCUAAUCCUUCCCUCUAACCCCUCUCUCAUAAUGAUCAGACGACAGAUCUGCUGUAAAUAUUUUGGAUUGGUGAUUAAGGUAAUAGUGAAGCUGUGACAAACUAUUAGAAUUUUGGAUAAACAUUCAGCUGAGACAAAUUGCUGAUUAUUGCUCAGAAUUGUUGCCGAAACGUGAUGCAAACAUAAUAUUGACAUGUUCAGUGAGAGCAUGACAUUUCAUUCCCCUGGGAUGAAAUAGUAGAUUUAGAUUUGGCCCCAAAUACAAGUACUGUACAUACACCUGGGGUUGGGGGUCGGGAUGGGGGUUCUUGAUUAUGAGCCAUGCAAAUAGACUCAUAGAAAUGACCACUAGCCAUUGUUACAGAGUUCUCUGUAGUCACCUCCAUUCUUCUCAGCAAAUUCAACUCACCUGUCAAGUCUUGCGUUCUUUGUCAUUGUUGGACAUAGAAUCAAAAAUGUGACAUUUAAUGCCUUGAUUUGAAGCAUUUUUGACCAUGUGUGGUAAAACCAAGACACAACUCUCUUGGCUUUCUCUUAAACAAAGACCUGUCCUCAUUCUUUGUCUCCUGGGGUUUUGUGUUGAUGUACAGAUUAACUGCCAUUUUAUAGAUUAUAGAACAUUCCAGGUUUGCUUUUGUUUUUGUUAGAAUGAGACAACGAGAUCAAUCGAGCCCCUUCUCCCUUUAAAACAUUGUUUCUGAUCGCCUCCGUGAGAUCAUGAGAUCUUUCGAAUCCAUUAGCCCAAUGGUUUCCCAUGCCAAGUGAACAUUGUGUGCUGUCAUGAUUUCAUCACAAAGAUGAAGAUGUUUGUUGAAGUGUACAUUUAAAGCACGACCAUUUGCCAGUGUGAAUUUCCCCAACAUUUUCUUGACUUGAUGAAAAUGUUCAGAAUCUCACACUCAAUCACCUUUUUUCAAUCAUACUGGAUAUCCCUUUGUAAGAAAUGCCUUCUUAGUACCUCUCCUCCCAGGCUUACAGUAUGUUUGUCUCUUACAAUAAAUGUUUUGGAGGGUGUUAUGCAUGUCACAAAGUAUGUAUGUAAAUUUAUGAAAAUUGAGAGCACAACAUGUAAAAACAGCGCUUUGGACAAGUUACACUUGCUCAUCGGUUAGUCUGGCUUAAGUCCCCGUAAUGCUUUGACUUUUCCUAACCACAAGAGACAGCACCGUGCUUUUAUUCUGCCGUUGGUAGCAGUGAUACCACGACAGUUGAUGAACUCCUUAGAGCACUUUCUACAGGAUGUUCUUAAAAUGAAAAUAUUCCUUUAUUACCUUAAAUCAUAUACGGUACACAUGUGGAAGAAAAGUAGGUCAUUACAAAGGAGAAAAAAAAGUUACACAAAAAGGCUACACUUUUAGUUUUGAUGGUUUCAGUGCAGGUGUGUAAGAGAUGACCGACUUUAAUCUAAUUGUUUGUGUGAAUUGAAUGUUUAUAUUAAUGUGAGUGUGCUUCUUAGUGCAAUAUUGAACCUCUGUGCAAUAUUGAGAUUUAAUUUAAUUUUGUCUAUAUUUAUAUAUUUUACCAUUUCAUAUUUGGCAAACAUCCUGAUUAGUGAAAGUUUGUGGGGUAGCUGUCUUAUAUAAUGAUAAGUGAACAGGGUGUGAUAACAUACUGAAAUUAACCUGUUUUUGCUCUUGGAUCAAGACAGGCUGAACGAUGAGAUUUUAUCAUCAGUAGAGUAAAUAUACAAAUUGUUGAAAAAUACUCUGGCCGGAAAAAAGGAAAGCAGCGUACGGCAAAGUUGUUCUAUUUAAAAUUUUACUAAUUUGCGAUGUCCUUGGGGCACAUAACAUUUUGAACAAUGAGGAAUAAUUGCAGCUGAAAGGAUUCUUCUGCUAAUGAAGGUAUGGAUUUCAAGUGCACUGGGCCCUUGUGUUUACUAGUGCUUUAUUAUACAAAUGUAGCUAAAUAAAACCCGAGAUUCACCAUAGAGAACUCACUGCCAAGGGCUGAUUGUCAUAUAUCCCACAUUAUAACAGCAGAGUGUUGGCGAAAAUGAUUGCCGCAUUCCCCUCAUCUAGAAAAGCAAGAGUGAUAUGUUCACAACUGCAUGGUUGAGGAAAAACAAUCAUGAAAAUGUCAGAUUAACAAAAAACGUUUUCGUCCAAACUGCCAUUUUGUAGGAUAGCAGCCAUACGUAGACUCAAAGACAGUUAAUAAUAAAAUAAAAUAGACAACCCAUUGCACUAAAUGUACACUGUCGUACAUGCACAAUUGUGAAUGCCUUGAGUUCUUCAAGACACAAUCUGACGCAGUCUUGCUAGUGAUUUAAUGAAGAACAAGGUGAGCGUUUAGCAAGAGCACAAAGACCAAAACCUACCAAAUGACAAGAUUAUGAACACGAGUGCAGUUGUGAACAUAUGUGCUUUGAGCUUUGAUGACCUGCCCCUUACAUUUCAUUCCCUCCUUCUCACACUGAUAAAUCCCUAAUCAUCCAAAUUUGACACCUGACCCAUUAUCUAUAAGUGUGCCAUGAGUACCACAUCUCAUUAAUUAUUGCCAAAUAUUUUGUAUGGCCUGAGUUUACACAUUACACCACCAAUUCUCUGUUAUAGAUAUGAAUAUAUGUAAAUAAAAGUACUUAUAAUGUAACUAAUAAGAUAGCUCUUCAAACAUUUGACCCCUGGAAAUAUAUUAUAUUGCAGUCAGUCUUUGUAGGUUUUCAGCCAUCUAACAUGUAACAUGUAAAACAAAAACGACUGGAGUUAUUAUAGUAAUGAAGAUUUAUCACAACUCAUCUGAGAACCUGUCUGCCUGAGUCCAGGUGCACUUGUUUUCAAACUGCAAGAAUUGAUGGCUUCAGAAGCCAAAAUGGCCAGCAAGUCAGAAAACAAAAUUUCCUCAUAUUCCCUCAUAAAAGCACAUUGACAGUAUAUAAACACACAUAAGCUGUACAAAUAUAAAGGCUAAGCGUCAGGAGUUCUAUUCUCUGUAUGUUGUCCUGUAUCACCCAUGAAAUUUAAGAAGAUGUCAAGAUAACUGUUGUAUUUGUUCAACAUGGAAUGCUGUUAAAGCGCUGUCCUGUCUCAGUGACUCAGUUCAGGCUCAGUCCAAGUUAAAAUGUCUCUUGUAGAUACAUAUCUUAGCUUAUGUUACAGGGUUUUUUGUAUAAUUAACUUGUUGCCUGCGCAACAGUCAAUCGUGAGUGCAAAAAGUUAACAAAGCAAUAAGUGUUUGGGUAUUUGUCUCUUAUUCUCUUCUUUGAAGCUACUGGGAAUUGGAGAACAUUACUAUAUGCUGGCCUUGUCCACUAAAAUGCUGAGUGUUGGCUAAAUAAUGAAACAGCUAACAUUCGUGUGUACUCUCUACAACAACCCUAAGUCUUGAGGCUUUUGUCAACAAGAUUGCAUUGCCAUUAAUUAAAUGUAACAAAGAAUUUAUCACCUUUGUCAUUGUACUGUGCUGUAGAAACUAGUUGAUUGUAAGUAUAGAAACUGUUUGUGGAACCAUGAAUAUAAAAAAAAGUUAUAAAAAAAAAAGUGUAAAUGAACAAUGCUGUAUGUUGUCUUUGAUUUUGUGUAUUUUGUAAAUGAGAAUGAAAUACAAGUAAUUACAUCAAUGUUAAAUACCGGUUAUGAAUCAUAGUUAGCCUAAAUGUGACAACAUCAGUUCUGUUAGGUGUGUGAGAUCUUUUCUUAUAUUUUCUCAUUGUUGAUUUUUGUUUGGGUUUGCGCUAUGCCGUGCAACUGACCCUUUGGAAUCACAAUGGAUAACAAAGAACCACAAAAUAAACAAAGUAUGAAAAGUCAA